AUGCAUGCAGAUGCAGCUUACCGCAUCAUGAUAACUUAUUUAAAGUGUUGUUUUCAGAAGCAAAGAGCCCCUUGCCAAAUGGAAAUGGAGGUUGAUAGAAUCAGCAGCUUACCAGGGCAUAUAGUAGACAAAUUUUUGUCUCUUUUAACACUAAGGGAUGCAGUAAGGACUAGCAUAUUGUCAAGUAAGUGGAGAUACAAGUGGCUGAACCUUACAAGUCUUGUGUUUGAUGAUCAAUCUGUGCUAGUAUCUUCCCAUGACCCAACAAUCAUAAAAAAUAAGAUGGUUAAGAUUGUUGAUCAUGUCCUCUUACUUCAUAACGGUCUGAUUCGCAAGUUCAAGCUUUCUCACGGAGACCUCCAAGGUGUUUGUGACAUUGAUCGAUGGAUUCUCUUUCUUUCACGAGGGUCUGUUAAGGAAUUUACCCUUGAGAUAUGGAAGGGUCGAUGCUGCAAGCUACCUUCUUCUUUCUACUUGUGCGACAAGUUAUCUCAUCUGGAGCUAUUCAACUGUUUGUUAAGACCUCCUUCAGCUUUCAAUGGAUUUAAGAUCUUAACCAGCCUUGACCUUCAACASAUUACAAUGGACCAAGAUGUUUUUGAGGAUCUGAUAUACAGGUGCCCAUUACUCGAGAGGUUAGCAUUGACGAACUUUGAGGGAUUUAUCCAUCUCAAGAUUCAUGCUCCAAAACUUACUUUCCUCGACAUUGGAGGUGUCUUUGAAGAUGUCAAUCUCGAGAACACCUUCCAUCUCUCUACUGUUUCCAUUGGGUUGUAUGUCAAUGUUGGCAAUGAUCAGGAGCCUACUAUUGGAACUACGAGCAAGUUGAUCAAGUUUUUUGCUUCUUUGCCAAGUAUUCAAAGACUCGAGGCUCAAAGUUUCUUUUUAAAGUUUCUAGCGGUUGAUAUGAUGCCAAGGAAGUUACCUACUCCUUGUAUGGAACUGAAUUAUCUGUCACUACGUAUAAAUUUCAAUGACAUGGACGAAUGUCUGGCUGCUCUUUGCAUUCUUAGGAGUUCACCCAACCUUCUGGAGCUAGAAAUGUUGGCACGACCAGASGAACAGCSUGGUCCAAGARCAGUUACGAAGAACUUGUCGGUAGAAGACUACCAGAAUUGCUUUUUUAACCARUUACGGUUUGUGAAAAUUGCUGGGAUUUUUGGGGUUGGGAGAGAGCUGAAUUUUAUCUUCCUUUUGCUUGCGAAUUCGCCAAUACUGGAGAGGAUGACUGUUAAGCCUGCUUCUCAAGAGGGUCAAUGA